CAAACGCUCUAGCUCGCGUUGCCCGAAUGAUAUCAAAUUCGACUUCAGCUUCUUGAUCGCUUGACAUAGAGGACGACGAUUCUUGAAACUUAGGUAUCAUUAAUGUUGCGUUAAUGUCCGGUCGAAGUGCACCUAAAGCCUUUAUCCAACAUCUGUCAUGCUUGCCGCCGCCGGACGGUGGCCCGUCAAGCGCUGUCAAGCCUGCCUCAUGAGCAGUGCACUGCAUGAAUCGAAUGUGGCGGCCGAAUGGAUCGAGCCGAUCUCGACUCAGAUCUUGCGCCCGGCGCUCCCUGAUCAGAGAGGCUUCUCGAGCGUCUAUCAUUAUGGCGUACAGGCCCCAGGGGCGGGCGCACGUUCGUGGAUGGGUCGACACACUAGGUUCAAUCGUUCAAACGUUUCAAACAGCCAAGGCACGGCUGCAGUCUUCCUCUCGCAAUCUCCACGGUGCGAGACCGCAUCGGUGCUCCGAUGUUGCUCGUGUUGCCGUGUGAGGUGUACUCAGGCUCUCAGCCUGAGUACGCCGACCCUCAGAAGAAACGACUCGGACGCGGGUCGCUAUCGCGGUGGGAAGGUUGUCGGCGCGCGCAGCCAGUGUCGAGUCUUCCGACGUUCUGGUCUGGCGCUGUCCGAUGCGAUCGUGUGCCAGUGCCUGCUGAAAUGUGUGCGAGUCUGGGCAGCCCGCCAUCCAGCGUUGAACUCUGAUGAGCGGCUCAACGCUCUCUUAUUUCUUCCUGCCCCUCUCUCAGUCCGUCGACAUCACUACCGGUGCAGAAUCAUCUCCAGCUCGGGCAGGGGACCGUGGCAAGACCUCCGGCUUGACACCCAGUGUUGAAUGGCCGGAACCGGUGCGAGCGCCCCCGAAUGCACGCCAAUCAUACUAUUGGAGGUAUAAAGCAGUACGGGACACGUUCCGCCGUACCUGCGCCGCCCUUCUGAGCCUUCCGCGUCCGGUGCACUUGACUCCACUCGUCAGUUGGGCACCAGGGCCCGCGCCCUUGUCCAUAUGGCGACAUCACCCAAGGUUACGGUCUUCCAUAGGCGGUCCGACUACGAUGUACACAGCUAUGUCGUAGGUGGACCCGGAGAUAACGCGGUGCACCGUCUGA